AUGAUCUCCACCCUCUCUCCCUCCGACUCUUUUCUCGACAACCCAUUCUCCACCUUCUCCGGCAGUUUCCCACCUUGGGAUUUCCAUGACCUAUUUUCCGACGACCUCGAACCCACCACUCCCCUACCCAUCACGUCAACCUCCGGUUCAGACGAACCGAACCAAACCCACGAGAAACGUAAACCGGACUCAGACGAACCGAACCAAACCCACGAGAAACGUAAACCGGACUCAGACGAACCGAACCACCGGGCCAUAGUCAUAGACGAGCGAAAGCGGAGACGCAUGUUAUCGAACCGGGAAUCCGCCCGAAGAUCACGGAUGCGUAAACAACGUCACGUGGAGAAUCUAAGGAACCAGUUGAACAAGUGUAGAAUCGAAAACAAGGAACUCAAAAACCGGUUGCAAUUCAUUUUGUUUCACUAUAACAGUUUACGAACCGAAAACGAAUGGCUCCGGUCCGAGCGAACCGUGCUGAACCAAAGAAUCAACUACUAUACUCAAAUUUUGGCUUACCAACAAUUUCAACCUUUCUCCACUGCAUGGACAUGUAACACUACUACGGUGUAA